UUCACACCUUUCUAAAUUAGUUAAUCAUUGUCUUAGAUGAAAAAUUAUUAUGUUUUUUGGCCACUAAAAAUUAUUCUAAUUAUUGAUGUAUUAUGAAGGGAAAAAUAAAAAAAUUUAAAUUGGUCCACUAAAAAAAUCACCCCACAUUUCUCUACACCUCAUUUUAUGGAACAGUCCUUCUUCCAGAAACCCUCCCCAGAAACCGGAGCCGUUUCGUGAAAAUUUGACAGCAGCUAGUCGCUUAGCUGCACGGUGGAAGCAAGCAAAUAGGGUUUUCCAAUUCCUCUUCUGUAGUCAUCGAUCGCCAUGUAGUAGAGUUCUAUAUCCUCUUUCUUCCCCACCCAUCUGCGAUACCGACAGUUGCUCUGGUAAAUUAUCUUCCGAUCUUAUUGCUGAUUUCUUGUUUGUGUCGUGUUUUUUCAAUUUGCGCUUCCCUACUCGUGAAUCUAUAUACUCUCUGCUUAGAUUAGGGUUACACGGAUCUCUCCCCUUCAAAUCCCUUUGGGGGUAUCUCUUCCCUUCGAUUAUGAGGUUACCCACCUCAGUGAAAUCCCUGUUCCAGUUAGAGGCAGCGGUGGGGAAGCCAACCAGACCUCCAUGGAUGUUUUCGUCGCUGUUUUCUUACUCAGAAACUCCUCAAAAGAAAGCAAAGGCUGCGCCUUUGCAGGAGACUAGAAUGAGGGACAGAAUGAAUCUGCAUGUCAAAGGUGGUGAUGGUGGGGGUGGGUGCUGCAGCUUCCACAGAAGCAGGGUUGUUCGCCGUGGGAGAGCCGAUGGUGGGAAUGGUGGAAGAGGUGGUGAUGUGAUCCUGGAAUGUUCCCCUGCAGUUUGGGACUUUAGUGGUUUGCAGCAUCAUGUUAAUGCAGCCAGAGGGGGUCAUGGAGCCUCCAAGAAUAUGAUAGGCACUCGAGGAGACGAUAAGGUUGUCCGAGUACCCGUUGGCACUGUGAUUCAUCUUGUUAGGGGUGAGCUUCCGUCUUUAGUUCAGGCCAGAUCGACUGAAGCUGCUUUGGAUCCCUGGGAUCUUCCUGGUACGUUAGAUACUGAUCCAACUACAAAUUUUCAGCAGGAGGCAUUGGCUACUGAGAGGUCCGAAUCAACUUAUGAAGAAUCACCGAACGUAGAUGUUGACCAGAAUAAGCUGACAGCUGCAGAAAGUGAAGAUGUACAAUACAAUGUUGCAGAAUUGACUAAACCAGGUCAGAGAGUGAUCGUUGCUCAUGGAGGGGAAGGUGGUUUAGGUAAUGUUUCUACUUCAAAUGUUCCGAACAAUGCCAAGACUGGAAAGCCAGGGAUAUUGAAUAAGGGAAACUCUACUGAUCCUGAUGAUCACCCCUCCCUCCGAGCUGGUUCACCUGGUUCUGAAGCUGUCUGCAUACUAGAACUCAAGAGCAUUGCAGACGUAGGCCUUGUGGGUAUGCCAAAUGCUGGUAAGAGCACUCUUCUGGGUGCUUUAUCCAGAGCGAAGCCCACAGUCGGCCACUAUGCCUUUACAACACUGCGGCCAAACUUAGGGAAAGUGAAUUUUGAAGACUUCUCAGUCACAGUGGCUGAUAUCCCUGGACUUAUAAAGGGCGCUCAUGUGAACCAUUUGGCCAGUGGAUUGGAUGAUGGUAGGAAAGGACUUCCACCAUGGGAACAACUGAGAGAUUUAGUGUUGGAGCUGGAGCACCAUCAGGAAGGGUUGUCUGAUCGGCCUUCAAUAGUUGUGGCUAACAAGAUAGACGAGGCUGGGGCGGAACUAGUGUUUGAAGAAUUGAAAAGAAGGGUGCAGGGUGUUCCCAUUUACCCAGUAUGUGCUGUUCUGGAAGAAGGGUUGCCUGAGAUGAAAGCUGGUCUCAGGGUGCUGGUGGAUGGUGGAGGGAAAUCUGGGCGACUCUGCUUGGAUAAUAUUGAUUGUUCUGCUGAUAAGAUGGAGCCAGAAGCUGGAAACCUCUGUGAAGUCAGCUCGCUUUGAUAUUUUCUAGGCUACUCUGAGGAAGUCCAAAGAAACCACACGUGUGCUGUGCUUCCCUACCUACCAAUGUGUUUGUUACAAUUGCUGUUUGAGUAAUACUGAUCCCUGGUUAUUUGCCAAGGCAUCAAUCAGUAUGCUGCAAUAGAAGUAUAGUUGAGGCAUGAGAUUUGUCGAAUUAUAUAUUUAACUGGUUCUCAAAUUCUCGAUUGAGGGGAUGAUUUAAAUUCAGGGGAAACCAUAAUUAGUAUGGGAAAGUCAGUCGAAUAAAGAAAGCUCGCAGAAGUUA